AGGUCUAGUUUCAGCACUCGCACUAAAACACAACAUUAACACACCUACAUCCUGCUACUUUUUUGGAUUACUGUUUUGAUGGCGACAUUUCUGACUUUCUGCGUUUUAAUAACCACGUUUUGUACGACCGUAAUCUGGGCUGAAGCAAGUAAAGAAGAGCUGCGAACACUCAAUCGACAGAAAAGAGAAUGGAUCAUCCCUCCAAAGAAACUGAUCGAGAAUGUGGAUUAUACCAGUAAUGAAUUCAUUGCCAAAAUCCGAUCGGAUGAAGAGAUGAGGACGGAUGUCGAAUAUUCUCUAAUAGGAGCUGCAGUGGACGAGGGAUUAUUCAGCGUAGACAGAAAGAAUGGUUACGUCAAGAUCCAUGGCAUCUUGGACAGAGAGAAAACCGCUAGUUAUGAACUCAAAGGGAGAGCUAUGCUAAGAAAUGGAGAACUUGCUGAAAGGGACCUCGAUUUGAGAAUCAUAGUUGUAGACCAGAAUGACAACGCCCCUGUGUUUAAAGUUCAGAUGAUUGGUUCUGUUUACGAGCUCAGUGAUGAAGACACCAGUGUAAUUGCAAUCCAAGCUGACGAUGCUGACGAGCAAGGCACGGUAUGUUCACAAAUCACCUACAGGGUUAUACAGCAGAAGCCGGCUGGAGAGAAGAUGUUCCAAAUAGACCAAUCAUCUGGUGAAAUCAAAGUCAAAAUGAACACACUGGACCGAGAGAAACAAGAAACGUACCAACUGAUCAUCACAGGUACAGACAUGAAAGGAGCCAUGGUUUAUGAUCCCCAAAACAUACCACUGACAGGAACAGGGACCGUGACCAUCAACAUACUCGAUGUCAAUGAUAACAUCCCUAUACUAGAGAAGAACUCGUACGAGGGUAGUGUGGAGGAGAAUAUCAAGAAUAUUGAAGUGAUCCGUGUUAAAGCUAUAGACAAAGAUAAGCCCCACACUGAGAACUGGGAGGUUGUGUACACCAUCAUCUCAGGGAAUGAAGCCAUUCACUUCAACAUCACCACCGACCCCAAAACUAACGAGGGCAUCCUGAUGGUCACUAAGGAGCUGGACUAUGAGGAGAGGAAAGAGUUCAAUCUGACACUGGAGGUCAACAACAAGGCAGCUUAUCACAAGUCAGUGGUUUUCAAGCCCAUAACCUUCAAUAUUAAUAUCAAAGUAGUGAACGUGCCCGAAGCCCCUCAUUUCAAACCCCCUGUCAAAGUCGUCUCCAUCUCUGAAGACCACAAAACGAUCGGCCUGAAGGAGGCCAUCACCACGUACACAGCCACGGACAGCGAUACAAUGUUAACCGCCACUGACGUCAGGUAUUUAAAAGGAGAAGAUGUGGACAGCUGGGUGAGCAUUGAUGAGAAAACAGCCGAGAUCAGACUCAACAAAUAUCCAGACCGCGAGUCCAAGUUCCUGAUCAAUGGAAUGUACUACGUCAAAAUCUUAUGCAUCACCAGUGGUACGUUAUCCAGAGAUUUUGUACCCAAAACUGCGACAGGAACUCUUGCAAUUCAGGUGGAGGAUUUCAACGACCACUGUCCGAUUCUGACCAGCUCAGACCAAACGCUGUGUUACGGCAACAGCGUAGUGUACGUCACAGCCACGGACGGGGAUAAAUACCCCAACGCAGACCCUUUUGAUUUGACAGUGGUUACCAAGGACACAAAGGAGAAAUGGAGCUCUGAGCGUCUUAAUGGAACAGGAUUCAUUUUGCGCAGCCAGGAGAUACUGUGGCCGGGACACUACACGGUUGGACUGGAUGUCCAAGACCAACAGGGAAAGUCCUGCGAGGUUCAAAAGCUUGAGGUACGAGUGUGUACAUGCACUGAGGAGCAAGUGUGCCGACCUCAGACACGGAGCAGCAGCAGCACUGUACUGGGAGCAGGUGGAGUUCUGGUACUACUGCUAGGAAUCCUGCUUCUCUUGUUGAUUCCGGUGUUUUUGCUGUUGUGUGAAUGUGGAGGAGCUGCAGCUUUCGGUAAUUUCCAGGCCUUUCCAUUCGAACAAGAACAGCAACUCAUCACCUAUCACACUGAAGGCCAAGGAGAGUUUAAGGAACUAUUAACGCUGCAUCACGUACCUGUGAAUGUAAACGGUGGCAGCAAUGGGAAAUUGGUAGCUGGAUGGGGAUCACGUGAAGACUCAAAGAAAUAUGGAUGGGAAUCUCAAGAGGAAUACAUGCAUAACCAGUGGCAUGUCGACCAGUAUAAGGGUGGCAAUGUUGCUAAAAUGGCAAUUGUAAAGGGAGGACAUCAUGAGCGUUGUACAGCGAGCAACUUCAGUUUCAUUGCUCUAUCCGAGACCUACUUAGGCAACUACUAUGCAAAGAAAGUACAAGAAAAGGCACUGCAGGAAGCUAGUAAAAACCAGGUGCUCGUGUCUAACUACGAAACCUGCAACUCAGUCACUGGCUCGUUGGAGGACAUCUGCAGCCAUCUACACGAGGACAACAAUCUGGAUUUCCUCGAUGGCCUCGGGCCUCAGUUCAAAAGGCUCGCCGAGAUUUGCUGUGGCUCGGCCAUUAAACUCGAGGUCAGCUCCACUCCCAUGCCUCCCAAAACAGUCUCCUCCAGUUCACAAUUGGGUGUCAAAGUGGAAGGUGCUGUUGAUGGUGUCCACAGUGAGGCCGCCACCGUCUCUGCAUCCAGCUCCUCCUCUACCACCCAAAUCACAACUACAGAUUAUGGAGAGAAUAUUAGCAGCGGAGGCGCCACAUCAACAACCACUGUAGGCCAAACUCUUUUCUUCCAGCAGCCAACUGUCUACCUUUCCUCUACCCCCAUGUACGUAGUGGAGCAACAUCAUCAGCCCACCUUGUUUCUGGCUUCUGCUCCAACCCUUCCCAGCCUGGGGUUGCAGCAAGCAAACACCAGAGUACUGGUGGAUCCCGGUAUUGGAGACACAGUGGUGCAUGAGUUCUCAGACCACCAUGACCAUCAGAGCACUGUUUCUGGUACUGUUCAGGUCGUAGAGAGCCAACGAAUGGAGAGCAUGGAGCCUGUGUAUGUCCUGCAGAGCUCCUCACACUCCAGCAUCAGCAAGAGUCAGAGUAUGCAAGCCACAGGGCAAAAUGGAUGGUGAUGGCUUUAGGCAAUGCAUCAGUUAUCCCAAGUGGCCUUUCACUGUCACAGCAAAAUGUGCCUCUAUUCGCAGUGCCAUAUAGUGGAACUCACAAACAGGUGUGAGAGCAAAGGGUUUCACUUAUUGAGGAAAGUUUCCCGUCAAGCUCCACCUCCGAAUGCAAGUACAAACAUGCUCACACAUUCUACAUGCAUACCCUUAUUGAAUAUUAUUAUGAAUUCAGCCAUUAGUUCUGUGAGGUUAUGCCAUAAACCUGACUGACCAGAAGAGCAAGUUUGCACCUAACAAAGAUAAAAGUAAACACCUUUUCAAGAUCCAUACAUUCAUUCAUAGUGAUGGGCAUGAGUAGUCCACUAAUUAAAUCCAUUUUAUGUAGCCUCUUAAUCAAUGUACUAUUUUAUUAUAGUUAUAAUGUUUUCGUUAUUAGCAUCAAUUGGUGCUGCUACAGAACAUGAAACAACAAAAUGUCACACGUGUGCCAAAUGUAAUCAGUAAUUGGGAAAUUGUUUGUGUAGUACUCAGCUAGAAUGUCCAUCACUAAUAAUUAGCCAGUUAGGCUUUUUUAUUAGGUUUUGACAUACUGGUCUGUAAUUCAUGUAACAGAGAGAGGUUUCCAAACAAUACAUGUAUCAUCAAUUAUUAUUAUUUCUCUCUUCAGAUAGCAGAUAGUGGUUUUUUGUUUGUUUCUCUUCUUCCUUUUUUCAUUUCUUAUCCAAUAAUGGAAAUAGAGUGCACGGCAUUUCCCUCAUAUCACUGUAUCUUCCUUAUGAAAGCUUUCCACUGAUUAAAAAUAAUGGCAUCACACACACACACACACACACACAUACACACACACACACACACAUAGACACACUAUACAAUUGCCUCAAUCAUUUAUGCACUCCUUGAGCGACAACACUGCAGUGCCACCUGCUGGAAUAAAACACUGGGUGAAUUUGUGUUGUAAGCCUGAUAAAAAUCUCUUACUGUGGUGAGAACCUAAAAAGGCAUCCUUCUUUAGAAUUUGAAAACAGCUUUUCAAACACCAGACCGAAACAUUCCCUCCCUAACCUGUAUUUGGCAGAUGCUAUGUGUUGACGGAAAUGUCUUUUGUUCACCUGUGGGUUAUUUAAAGCACGUUAUGGCACCAAGCUGUGAAGGUUCUCCCAGACUACAACCCUGACAGUCAACUUCAUCUCCGUUUAUCAGCAGUCAGAUCGUCUGUGUCCCAAACCAGUAAACCGUAGACAUGGUGUUAGACAUUAUACUAUGAUCACAGUUCAUUCUUGUAUUUUGACCCUUACUGACGUGUAGAUUGUAGUACGUGCAUGUGUGAUGAUUAAGUUAUCGCAGUGUUUGUUAGCUUGAUACCUUGUCAUUUUAAAGAAUUACGAGGGGUGAAGAAGGUGUGUGAUGGUGACAGAUUUAUGUGACUUGUUGUACAUAUGAUAACAUUAUGCGUCUUGAGUAUGUCUUUGCGUGUUGAGUAUGGGUAUUAUACGUAGAGAUCCUAUUCAUAGAAAAAAAGAUACCAAUAGUUACAAACGUUUGGCCUUUUCUCCCAGAAUUCUCAGCCAUUUUAACCAGAAAACUGGAAACUUGCUAUAUUUUUUGCAUAAUUGCGUUGUACGUAUUUCAUUAUAUGUUCUGACCGACUGCUGUAGCUAAGAUUAAUGUAGUACUUGAUAAUACAAGUGUGGUGAGUGAGGUUUUUUAAAAUUCCACCCCCAAGUGCCUCUGAAGGAAUUCUGACCAAUCCUGCCUGUUCCCAAAAGAAUUCUGAGUAAUCCCUCCCACUCCUGCAGGAAGUGUGACUAAUCCUGCCAACCGUGGAAGGAAAUCUGUCAUAAUCCUACCCAUUCCUGAAGGAACUCUGAUCAAUCACGCCCACUCGAUUUCCAAUCUGGCUCCUUCCAGAAGGAAUUGUGACCAGUUUCGCCCACUUUGAAAGGAACUCUGUCCAAUCCUGCACACUCCUGCAGAAUGUUUCACCAAUCCUGCCCAUUCCUGAAGGAUUUCCGACCAUUCCUGCCAGCCCUUUAAGGAAUUCUGACCAAUCCUACUUGCUCCUGAAAGAAUUCUUAGUAAUCCCACCCAAUCCUUCCCACCCCAGAAGGAAUUCUGUCCAAUCCUGCCCUCUACUGGGUCACGUCAAUGCCACACUACAGUCCACAAAAUGCAUCAUGGUCUACAAAGGUGCCCUACACAAAUGUCCACCAUGAACUACAACACACAGGAACUGCGUCACAGUCACCAUCAUUUUAAUCACACGCACCUGAACUUAAUCAUAAACACUCCUAUAUAAACUCACACUAACGUACAAUGCUGUGCAAAGUAUCCGCUCAGUGUAUUUUUGCCAGACGUGACCAAGCCUUUAAUAUCCCGUGUGUUUUUGAUAUGCCUGAUAUUGAUCAAGUUUCUGUGACUAUGACCUUGCUCUCUAUGUUUUGGAUUUCUGACCAAUCCCUCCCAUUCCUGAAGGAUUUUUAACUAAUCCCGCUCAUUGUUGAAGGAUUUCCGACACCAGACCUGCCCACUGCUGCAGAAGGUUUGACCAAUGAGGAACUCUGAACCUUCGCCCACUAUGCAAUAGGUACUUUUAGAGGUGUAUUUUUUUUUUGGUGGGGGGGGUUUGCUGCUCUCUGUGGUAAAAGGGUGCAAUGUUUAAAUGUAGAGCAUGAUUGUGUUCAUAUUCUCUGUACACCUUGCCAAAAAAAUUGUUUUACAUCAAGCUUUCCAAUCACCACUGCCAAAAUUAAUGCAUGAAAUUUAUUUUAAACUGCAAUAAUAAUCAUUCAAGAUGGAGGUGUUUGUUCUGUUUAAGGAAAUGGCACAUGAACUUAAGGUAAUUUGAAUUUUUACUCCAUUUGUACUUAGUAUGAAUAUUAUUUUAUUCAAACACGACUAUGAAAAUGGGAUGUUCUUUUUAAAAAAAAAAAAAAAGUUCUUUAUAAACUUGGAAAAAGGGAAAUGAAUAAAAAUUCUGAAUUUGUAUUAACAUGCUGUAGCGCACUUGCAGUUCUAGCUGAUCCACAAGUGUCCUUGCAUAACUUGAUGUUUUGUAGUGUUUUUCUGUUUAAUUAACAAUCCAAAUAAAUGUACAGUCUAGUCUAUAGCUGAAUACAGUAUAGUACUACUGUAGUACCAGCAAAUGAGCUUCAUGGUUUCGUGCUCUGGAUUAAAAUUCAUGUUCACUUGCUUGUCAUUUUACUUGUAAACAUGCACUAGUGUUGUAGACGCGGGGAUCCUCUGUGCUCUCUAUGUCUCUGUAUAUUAAUGAUGAUGCUACACAACACUCCAUGAGAAGAUCGUUCAUUCCACUAACUAAUUCUUGACUUGCAUGAAAGGAAAGGGAACGGUGUACCUCCAACACUUAUGACUGAUCAGCAUCUGGAGACAAUAAACAUCUUAGUAAAAUGUGAUUUUAACAUCUGUGUUGA